UCAGUUCCCGGUAAAUUAGAAUCCCGAAGAAGAAACGAAAAACCAAAAUACCAUGAGUUUGAGACCAUGGUUUUUAUACUUUUAGCAAGACUACAUCCUUAUUAUCCAACAAACUGAGCUCUACGGGAAUAAUUCUAACGAACUCAUGCCAAAAUACACCGGGARAACCUACAGCAGAGCUCGUAAAAGAGUGUGUAAAAGUUCAAAGAUAUUUGACGAAGUCCAAGAUGAAGGGACGACGAGCGACGAUGAUAAUAAAUCUUCCGAGUCUUCUUUAAUCUCUACUAUGCCAAAGAAGUCCUCCUGGUCUAGAGUGCAUAAAGCUGUAGCUAAGACACAAGAGAAUUCGCCUGUUAAAAAUGGACCAAAGAGUUCCAAGAGAGCAAAAGUGCUGCCAGCGAUAGACGAACACGAUCCUUUUGCCUUCACAGAUGAAGAGGACUUGUCCUUACCAAGUAGUCAAACUAGUUCGCAGAAAACUAUAGUACCGUCCGAUAAAAGCACUGAUGAUGAAGCUUAUAGUAGUUCGCAAGAGCUGGGUGAAUCGUCUUCGAAAUCAAGUGGAAGAAAAAGCAAAAAUGCAAAACCUUCCUCAUCUUCUCCUUUCAAGAGCUUCCUGAAGAACAACGAUAAAUCACUUUCUCCUCAAAAAAAUAAAGAUCUGCGGCGGCUUUCAGCUUUGCCAACGACUGCAAAUCUAAGUGAUGAAGAAUCCCCAGAAGAAUCUUCCCCAGAAGUCCCAGCUGUAAUGAGAUCAUCAUCAUGGCCACAAGGGACUAAGAAGGUUGAUCAACAGGGUGUCAUAAGAGUCAAAAGGACUGAAAAACCUCUUUUCACAGUUAUUCGAAAUGUAAAGAAAAUGUCGGAGUGUUUGAUGUCCGGAGAAGAUCAAGAGUUUUUUGACGACAUUGAAUACUUACUAGAUGGUAUACAGUCUGGUAACUUAGCAACAAGAUGUUUAAGUGCCCUAGAGAUAGCAUCACGCUGCACUACUGCCAGUUUUAGAAUAAACCUGCGAGCACAUGGUUUUAUUCCUAAGAUUUUUAAACAGCUUCAUGACGCUCACACUAGUAAGAAUUUAGCUCUUUGUACAUCUGCAAUCAUGUAUGUCCUCACACAAGAUAAGCAAAAUAUUGACCUAGACAAGUUUGUUCUAGAAAUGAUGAUGAAAUUUCUGUCUGUUCCUGAAGUCGAUGAAGAUUCUGAAGACAUAGAGGACAAGAAAUAUAAAUCCUAUGUUCAAAAAGCCAGGACAAUGUUUGAGAAACACAUUAACAGAAUACCAGGUGCUUAUCUGGACUUAAAAGAUAUCAGUGCAUCAUCACUUGCAAGAGAAUCUCUUCUGUCUAUCACAUCAGAGAGGGCUGGCGCAUGGUUCAAAGAAGAAAUAAGAACAUUAGGUGGUCUUGAUCAUAUUGUGGAUGCUGUGACUGAAUGUGUUGAUUGGCUUGUGGAAGUGCAUGGGAACUAUAUCCAGAGAGACCAAGACUCACAAGCCAAAAUACAGAGAAUCAACAAGACUUUAAAAUUAUUAGAAAAUAUCACUUAUGAAGAUGCUGCCAAUCAAAAGUAUCUAAUUCAAUACAAAAAAGGUCGAUUAGCUGGAGAUCUGGCAAGGUUUACAAAGCUGUGUGUGAGUACAAUUACAGAAGGUCUUGGGGCUGGAGGGUCUUCCUCUAGUGACUUAUACAUCCAUAAUGAAGCAACUGCAGAAGAUUGUCUCUUCAAUGUUCUUAAAGUUUUUCUAAAUCUUUCACAUGACUGUGACGAAGGAAGCAAUUUAAUUGGUCAACAAGAAGGACUUUUAUGUUCUCUUUUGUUUUGUGUUUUACAAUUACCCCAGUACAUUGAAGCAAGCAAGAGAUUUGAUCUGCAUGUAUUGGGACUUGGUUUAUUGAUUAACCUGGUGGAACACAGUAAACAGAACAUAUCAACUCUAGUACGCCUGAAAACAGACCCCUUUCAUGAGAGCCAGAACACUAGUACUGAUAGUAUAACUGAUUCUGAUGGUCUGGUGGGAUCCAUCGAAGCUUUCAUGCAGUUAUUUAUUGUAAGGGAGCGGGCAUCUAGGGAUACUGAUCAAAUGACCAACGCACUUUCACCAGAAGAUGAAGUUGAGGAAGAGCAAGUUCUUCAGCCAACAAAGGAUGGACUUGGUUGGAUUUGCGGCAAGGAAAUUGAUGUUUCUAUGAAUGAAAGCACGAAAAACGAAUCCAUUAAUGAUGCAGUUGCUUCAUCGUCAUCUUCCAUUGAAAAAGAUACCAAGAAAUCAAAUGACCAAAACUUGGAAGAUGAAAUUGGAAAAGCGUUGGAGAUAGCAGGCAAGCACAUGGAGGACAGUAUGGUGGCUUCUUAUGUUGCUUUACUGUUGGGAUGUAUUCUUAAAGACAACAAGGCUAAUGAAGCUCUCAUCAGAAGUCUACUACCAAAUAAAGACUUUACACUUCUUGUAGAUGUUCUGAAAAAGUUUCUAGGAUUUAUGAGACUAACUAGUGGAACUAGUGGACAUUCUAUAGAGAGGAUUCUAAAAGUAUUACAGAAAUGCUGUGAAAGCAAAGAUUAAUAUCAUUCAAGAUGCAACGUUUUAUAAACUAUUAUUUUACAUUGUACAUAUAUUAUUAUUGGCUCAUGAAGACCUCACUUACUCCAUAAAACCGUAUAGUUUAAAUAAUAUCAGUGCUAAUAAUUGGUAAUGCAUUUCAGUGAUGAAUCAAUAGAGAAUAGACACURGGUAGGGUGUUUAACACUGCAAAAACAUUUUUGCAGGAACAAAGAUUAUCAUGUACAAAAUUUACCAACAAAAUUACCCUUCUUUUUAAUGUCCUAUCCUGUACUACUCUUGUGAAUUAUCUUAGCCUGCGUAGUGGCACUUUUGGAAGGAGGACUAGGGAGGAGAAGUGCCCCCUCUCCAAAGUGCCCCUAUGCAGGCUAGAAUUAUCUUUCAAUUAAUAAUGUAUUGUCGUUCAAUAAUUCAUUAGAAAUUUUACUUAUCAAUAAAACUUCCAUCUUUUUUGUCCCAUUUUUUCCUUUUCAGUGGACAAAAUAAAGAUCAUCGUUAAUAUUCA